AUGCUCAUCAACUUCGCCACGGAGCAGGGCAGCUUCUACUCGCCGCCGCCGCCGCCGGCCCCGCACCCCAUCAAGGACGAGCAGUACCUGAUGCCGUACAACCCGCAGCCGCCCAGCCCCCUGGACGAGCACAUGGGCAUGCUGCGCCUGGAGGCGUACCACGACGCCAUGCCCGACGCGAUGCCCGACGCCAUGCCGGACGCGCUCCAGGACGUGCGGCAGGACACGUACAGCGGCAUGAUGACGAUCGUGCACGCCGACAUGGCCGACAUGGCCGACAUGGCGGACGGCUGUUUCCAGGUGCUGCCGCCGCUGCACCAGGUGCCCCAGCCGCCGCCGCCGCAGUCCUACGGCAUGUCCAUCCUGGCGACGCACCUGCAGCUGCCCCCGCUGCAGGUGCCCAAGGUGAUGACGCCGCCGUCGUCGCCCAACCUGGCCGACCUGCUGUCGUCGCCGACGCGCAAGCUGCCGCCGCUGCUGCCGCCGCUGCCGCCCCCCGCCUCACUUCACCCGGAGAGCGCCUCUGCCGCGGGCCCCGGCGCGCCGAAGGUCAAGGGUCGGCGCGCGGGCGGGCGCAAGAAGCUGAGCUCGCACACGUGCGGGCAGCCGGGCUGCGGCAAGACGUACACCAAGUCCUCGCACCUCAAGGCGCACCUCCGCACGCACACUGGCGAGAAGCCCUACCAGUGCGGCUGGAAGGGCUGCGGAUGGACCUUCGCGCGCUCCGACGAGCUGACCAGGCACUACCGCAAGCACACCGGCGACAGGCCCUUCCAGUGCAGACUCUGCGACCGGUCCUUCUCGCGGAGCGACCACCUCGCCCUGCACAUGAAGAGGCACACCAACGCGUAGGCCGUCGCGGGAACGGAGACCAAGUCGGAGACCGGGGUGGCAGUGGCGUGCUGGG